ACUACAUCGAGGAAUCACCACAGACCCUACUCUGCCCUGCCUUUGACCACCAUAUUAUUACAGCCUGGUCAUCAUGAGCCGAUCAAUUGAGCCGAUUCUCUUAUCGCUGAUGCCUACACACAGCUCGGCCUUGCCUCCUCCUGUUGUCGAGUUGGCAGGAUCAUUACUUGCCCAGUCUAGACUUCGUGCCAGCACCCUCAAGACCGAGGAGGAGGUUGCACGGCUCUACGCUUGCUGCCACAUUGCUUGUGAGAGACUCAAAAUCUCCCUGAAUCUCCCUCCGAUCGAACCACGACCCCCAAUCCCCCCACGCAUCUACAAGCGUCUAUACGCGCAUCUCGACAAUAUAUUACCAGCUACCGGAGGGCCCCGUACGCCAGGCAAAAAUGGUACCCCUCGUUCGAGGCUGCGCGACACGCGUGACUCCGGCCGUCCCCUCCCUUCGAGACCGACGCCCGGGAAAGACCAGUCUCUAGCCAUGUUCCGUUCCGCACCCGACACACCCUCAAAAUCCACCGGGAAAGCUGUUCCCCUAACCGUUCCCCUAACCGAGGGAUCCGGCCUCCAUCCGUGGCUCCAACCCACAAUACGCUUCAUAUGCCGAGAGACGGGAUACGUACGAUUCGCCCCGAACAUACUGGCCGGAGUGGAGUCUAUCGUCGCCCCUGGCGGCCGCAGGACUCGCGACGAAUGGGUGCUGGGCAAUCUGACCGCGCUCUGCGGAGUCUUAUACUUCUUGGUCACCCAACAGGUGCUCAAGAUACGGACCGGACAGGAGAUCAACCGCGACACCUACGUCCCCGCACGCAAAGAGGUACUGGGCCUGAUGGCCAAGGCCAGAGAGCAGCAGCUGCCCAUGGCGACCCAGAAAGGGCUCAGCGACGAAGAUGCGUGGGAAGGUUGGCACACGCUCAAAGCCAGGGACUUUGAUGCCGCCGCGGAGGAGAUUACCACCCGUGGCUGCCUGGAGGACGACUGGUUUCGGUGUCUUGGUGAGGUCAUCGCAGCAGCUGACCGCAUUGAUGACGAUGACAAUUCGAGGAGGGAAAAGCGAAGCGGGCUUGGCGGUCAAGAGGGGGGCAUGUCAGCUGUCAAGGUGACAGUACGCCGAGCAGACACCAUGUUCCAAGACAGAUACGACUUUCUAAGUGAGCAGAAGCGCAUAGAAUACCGCAUAUGGAAGGAAGGCAUCACCGGGCGGAUUCGGCAACUGGAGAAAGAUGCUGCUCCUAGACCAAUGGAUGUAGAUACAUGAGGAAUUCGUCCGCACCGUGAAACCAUUCUCACCUGGGAGGGAGGUUUUCAACAACUUGGUUGCAUUCACAGGAUUAAAAGGGCACCCUG